CCUGCCGCCGGAAUCCUGAAGCCCAAGGCUGCUCGGGGGCGGUCCGGCGGCGCCGGCGAUGGGGCAUAAAACCACUGGCCACCUGCCGGGCUGCUCCUGCGUGCGCUGCCGUCCCGGAUCCACCGUGCCUCUGCGGCCUGCGUGCCCGGAGUCCCCGCCUGUGUCGUCUCUGUCGCCGUCCCCGUCUCCUGCCAGGCGCGGAGCCCUGCGAGCCGCGGGUGGGCCCCAGGCGCGCAGACAUGGGCUGCUCCGCCAAAGCGCGCUGGGCUGCCGGGGCGCUGGGCGUCGCGGGGCUACUGUGCGCUGUGCUGGGCGCUGUCAUGAUCGUGAUGGUGCCGUCGCUCAUCAAGCAGCAGGUCCUUAAGAACGUGCGCAUCGACCCCAGUAGCCUGUCCUUCAACAUGUGGAAGGAGAUCCCCAUCCCCUUCUAUCUCUCCGUCUACUUCUUUGACGUCAUGAACCCCAGCGAGAUCCUGAAGGGCGAAAAGCCGCAGGUGCGGGAGCGCGGGCCCUACGUGUACAGGGAGUUCAGGCACAAAAGCAACAUCACCUUCAACAACAAUGACACCGUGUCCUUCCUCGAGUACCGCACCUUCCAGUUCCAGCCCUCCAAGUCCCACGGCUCGGAGAGCGACUACAUCGUCAUGCCCAACAUCCUGGUCUUGGGUGCGGCGGUGAUGAUGGAGAAUAAGCCCAUGACCCUGAAGCUCAUCAUGACCUUGGCAUUCACCACCCUCGGCGAACGUGCCUUCAUGAACCGCACUGUGGGUGAGAUCAUGUGGGGCUACAAGGACCCCCUUGUGAACCUCAUCAACAAGUACUUUCCAGGCAUGUUCCCCUUCAAGGACAAGUUCGGAUUAUUUGCUGAGCUCAACAACUCCGACUCUGGGCUCUUCACGGUGUUCACGGGGGUCCAGAACAUCAGCAGGAUCCACCUCGUGGACAAGUGGAACGGGCUGAGCAAGGUUGACUUCUGGCAUUCCGAUCAGUGCAACAUGAUCAAUGGAACUUCUGGGCAAAUGUGGCCGCCCUUCAUGACUCCUGAGUCCUCGCUGGAGUUCUACAGCCCUGAGGCCUGCCGAUCCAUGAAGCUAAUGUACAAGGAGUCAGGGGUGUUUGAAGGCAUCCCCACCUAUCGCUUCGUGGCUCCCAAAACCCUGUUUGCCAACGGGUCCAUCUACCCACCCAACGAAGGCUUCUGCCCGUGCCUGGAGUCUGGAAUUCAGAACGUCAGCACCUGCAGGUUCAGUGCCCCCUUGUUUCUCUCCCAUCCUCACUUCCUCAACGCCGACCCGGUUCUGGCAGAAGCGGUGACUGGCCUGCACCCUAACCAGGAGGCACACUCCUUGUUCCUGGACAUCCACCCGGUCACGGGAAUCCCCAUGAACUGCUCUGUGAAACUGCAGCUGAGCCUCUACAUGAAAUCUGUCGCAGGCAUUGGACAAACUGGGAAGAUUGAGCCUGUGGUCCUGCCGCUGCUCUGGUUUGCAGAGAGCGGGGCCAUGGAGGGGGAGACUCUUCACACAUUCUACACCCAGCUGGUGUUGAUGCCCAAGGUGAUGCACUAUGCCCAGUACGUCCUCCUGGCGCUGGGCUGCGUCCUGCUGCUGGUCCCUGUCAUCUGCCAAAUCCGGAGCCAAGUAGGUGCUGGCCAGAGGGCGGCCCGGGCUGACAGCCAUUCGCUUGCCUGCUGGGGGAAAGGGGCCUCAGAUCGGACCCUCUGGCCAACCGCAGCCUGGAGCCCACCUCCAGUAGCAGUCCUGCAUCUCUGCCGGAGUGGGAGCGGUCACUGCGGGGGGCUGCGCAGCACGCUUGCGUCUUUUGCAUGCCGCGUUGCCACUACUCUGCCUGUUCUGGAAGGCCUGGGACCCUCCCUUGGAGGGGGCGCAGGUGGGCUUUGAGUAAUGAGACCUGGUACUUGCAUCAUCCAUUCAUCAAGUCAGCACCCGGGGAUGCCAGGUUCUGUUAGGGGCGAGGGGACGUACAGCAGUGGAGGAGACAGCUGAGGUCCCUGCUCAGGGGGAUUGAGGGGGGCUGGCAUUCCAGCCGGGGAGACAGAUGAAAACCAAGUAAAUCAGCAGAAAAGAUAAUUUCACUCAUGAUAGGAGCUGUGAGGGGUUAGAGCCAAAUAGAAAUACAGCAUGAGCCACGUGUGAGGUUUUCAGUUUAAAUUUUCUGAUAGCCACUUAACAGUCAAAGGAAACAGGUGGAAUUAAUUUUAAUCUUAUUUAACCCAAAUAUAUGCAAAGUAUUAUCACUUCAACAUGUAAUCAGUAUAAACGGCAUCAAUAUUUUUGCAGUGUUUUUGCAUGAAGUCUUUGAAAUCCUGUGUGUACGAUACAAGUGCAGCAGGUCUCAUUUUGGACUGGCCCCGUUUCAAGGGCUCACCAACUGAAUGCAGCUUCCAGACUGGAGAGUGCAUGUCUGGAGCAAGUGGGGACAAGGACAGAUGGAGCUUCAGGAAGGCCUCUCUGAAGAGGUAGAUAGUGAGCUUUGACAUGGAGGCCAGGGAGGCACUCAGCACACAGCCACAUGAGGAAUGCUGCCUGGAGCGGCCACUGCAAAGGCCCUGUGGCAGGGACAGGCAAGGCACAUCGGACGGUCAGGUAGGGCCAGGGUGGCUGGAGGGGAGUGAGGGCAGGGACAGAGGUAGGAGGUGGUGUCUGAGAGUGGACAGGGCGGGCCACCCAGGGCCUCGUGGUGCACAGUGAGCAGUUUGGAACUGAUUCUGGGAGUGACAGAGCCAUUGGAGGCUUUUAAAGAGGGGAAUCACUAGGUCAGCUGCUGGCUGGGGAAUGGGCCCUGGGCUGGGAGGGGUGGAAGCCUGGGCCCAGCGGGGAGGCCCCAGUGGGUGAGGAAGUCGAUGGCUCGAACAGGAUGGGGCAGCUGCUAUCAGGAGGGAACGGAAGUGGGGAAGAGCUCCAGCCCUGGGCUUCAGACCUCCAGAAGCAGCAGGAAGAGGGGUGAUAACAGUGUCCCUCCUUGCUUCGGGGUCAUUUAUUUAUUCAUUCAUGCAUUCACUGCAAGGCCCUUUGCACAGGUCAGGGGAUGCAGAAAUGACCAGAACAUGAGAUCUGCAGCAAAGAUGGGCAAGGCAGGCCUUUAGGCAAGUUACUACAGUCACACGAAGGACAGGAGAGCUGUGAUCACAGAGCUCAAGGGGCAGUGGAGAUGGGCGAGUGGCUGCCAUGGCAGGGGAAGGGAUGCUGCCCACUGGCAGGGCAUCAGGAAAGGCUGUUUUUGGAUGCAUGGACCAGAAAGCCACUCUCUGAGGUGGCCCCCACCUGCAUCAUCCUAGGGCCACAGGCCGAGGCCUUCUGAGGGGCCUUGGGGCUGCCCUGCUGCUCUGCUGGUCUUGGCUCCUCUGCAGCACCUGCUUCCUUUAGCACUGGUGAAUGAUUCUUCCUCUUCCCCUGUCUCAGGGAAGGCUUGCCUGCUUCCAUGCUUGCAUGCUGGGUGAGAAUAAAGCAUUCUUGGUUCUUCACCUUGGCUUUCAGACCUGAAACCCGACUUCCUUUCAAAAUUCCUGUCCUUCGGGGGGAAAAGGUUUCCACAAUGUGAGGUGGUAGCCUGGACACCAGCUGUCAUCAUGUUGCUGCUCUAGCGUUUGAGCUCCCGAUGAACAAUGACCAUUGGGUCCAACCAGCCCUUUUGGGAGCCCCCUUCUCUGUUACUGCCCCAGGGGGAGCCAGGACCCAGCAGGGCUGUGACUCCAGCGAGCAAAAGGGAACUCCCUCCAGUUUCUAGACUGAAUUAUGUAGGGAGGACAGAAGGACUCAGAAUCCACACUCCCAGACCGUGAAUACCUUCCCGUGGCAGAGCAUCACCAUAGGUGUCCACAGGCGACGACGCACAGCCACAUGAGGGGGUCCCUGGGGACUGGCUGAGGGGCUGGGCCAGAGGAGGCCACGACAGCCUCAUCCCUCUGUCUCCUUCUGUCUGUCUCCAAAUUGUCCACCAGAAUGGGGACAGGGAAGGAGGGUCAGGAAGCACAGAAGGUCUAGGCUGUGGCUAGGGUCCCUUUCUCUGCCGCAGCCCCCAAAUCAGCAUCCCACCCUCAAAUCCAGUAAGAAUGCUACGAUCGGCAGUGUGGCUCCCUCCCUGCAGGUUUCAUUGGAGGCCACGUACGUGAAAUUUAUCCCAUUAUGUGUGUUUUGAUGUAGCAGGGCCUUACCAGUUUUUUUUGUUUUUUUAUUUUUAUUUUUUUUGGUUUCUUUUUUGAGAUGGAGUCUUGCUGUGUUGCCCAGGCUGGAGUGCAGUGGCACAAUCUGGGCUCACUGCAACCUCCACCUCCCGGGUUCAAGCGGGAGCCUCAGCCUCAGCCUCCCGAGCAGCUGGGAUUACAGGCACCUGCCACCAUGCCUGGCUAAUUUUUGUAUAUUUAGUAGAGGCGGGGUUUCACCGUGUUGGCCAGGCUGGUCUUGAACUCCUGACCUCAUGAUCUGCUGCCUUGGCCUCCCAAAGUUCUGGGAUUACAGGUGUGAGCCACUGUGCCUGGCCGGCCUUAUCAGUUUUUAUGUAAUUUGUCC